AUCCGGAACUCAACCAGCAACAACCAAUGAUGAUGAUUACACAAAAUCACCAUACUACGUUGAAAUAGCAAUGUAUCUAUAUCUGGUAUGGACUCCAUCAAUCAGAUACUUUAAAGAAGAAAUAUUCGAAAAAUAUAUACCAAGUUAUUUAGAAGAAUGGACCUUAAAAGGAAAGAUUACCAAUAAUCGUAUUCAAGAACAAUUUCUUAAUCAGAAAAUUUUUGAAGAAUACAAAACGCCAUAUGACAGUGAUGAACAAAACAAUUCGGCUGAAAAACCGAAUUACCU